AUGGCUCCACCCAAAUUUUCUGAUCUUAACAAACAAGUUUCUGAUAUUUUUAAUAAAGGCUACUUUUUUAAUGUAUUCAAACUUGAUGUUAAAACUCGUACCGCUAAUGGAGUUAAUUUUAAUGUCAUUGGCGAACAUAAUACUGAAACAUCAAAAACAGCUGGUAGUCUUGAAACAAAAUAUGUUGUUCCAGAAUAUGGUUUAACAUUUUUGGAAAAAUGGAAUACAGAUAAUUUACUUAAAUGUGAAAUAACAGCUGAUAAUCGAUUAGUCGAAGGAUUUAAAAUUGUAUUUGAUGCAAGUCUUAUACCAAAUACUGGUAAUAGCUACGAGAGAAUUCAUUUUGGUAUGAAAACCCGUCCAUUAUCCUUAGAUAUUACAUCCCAGAGGAAAAAAACAGCUGAACUUCGUACUGCAUAUACACAUGAUAGAGCUCAUAUUGAAACAAAUGUUGUCUUCGAUAAUGCUGGUCCAAUUCUUAAUGGAGCCAUUGUUUUGGGUCAUCAAGGUUGGUUAGCUGGCUAUCAAUAUGUUUUUAAUACAGCUCGAUCAUUAUUAACGAAAAAUAAUUUUGCUGUUGGUUUCAAAGCUAAAGAUUUUACUUUAUAUGCAAAUAUGAAUGAUGGUAAUGAAGUUGGUGGUAGUGUUUAUCAACGUGUCAAUGAUCGACUUGAAACUGGUGUACAGUUAGCUUGGACAGCCGGUUCAAAUCAAACACGAUUUGCACUUGCAUCAAAAUAUCAACUUGAUUCUCAAACUGUAGUUGGUGCAAAAGUAAAUAAUAUUUGUCAAGUUGGUCUUUCUUUUCAACAACUUUUACGACCAGGUGUCAAAUUAACUUUAUCAGCAUUGUUCGAAGCUCGAAACUUGAAUGCUGGUGGACAUAAAGUUGGUUUUGGACUUGAACUUGAUGGAUAA